CACCACUUAUACGACUUUCAAGACAAUUAGAAUUUCAAGGACGAGUAGAAGUUUACAAGUACAGUGAAUGGGGAACAGUUUGUGAUGAUGACUGGGACCAUAGAGAUGCUGGUGUUAUUUGUAGAAGUCUAGGUUAUAGUGAACAUGGACUGGCUGUAUCAAAUGCAGUGUUUGGACAGGGAACUGGGUCUAUAAUCUUUGAUGAUGUGGACUGUAAUGGACGUGAAACUGGUCUAUCUGAAUGUACAUUUUCUUCAACUCACAAUUGUCAUCAUACUGAGGAUGCCGGUGUAAUAUGCAGACUUCAACGGGAUAAUAUCAGACUAUCAAACGGAACAUCUGUAAACGAAGGUAUUCUUGAGGUGUUAAUUAACGGAAAAUGGGGAGCUGUCUGUGAUAGUGACUGGAAUCAAAAUGAUGCGAAAGUAGCAUGUCGGUCUUUGGGAUACUCUGGAGGGGGGCUCUCUGCUGCAGCAAAUAUUUAUGGAGGAAAUGAACAGAUAUGGCUGGACGAAAUAAAUUGUAAUGGAAACGAAAAAUCUUUGGUGGAGUGCUCCCAGUCAGUAAUCACAUUAAGGUCCUGCAAUGUUAGAAGAAUCGCUGGAGUCAUCUGUUACAACACCGUAAAUGAAAUUAUGAAACUUCAGAAGGAUUCAUCUAUAGGCCACGACAUCAUAGUGAUACCAACAAUAUAUAUAAAUGGAAAUUGGACUGAAUUUUGUCGGGACGGAUGGGAUGAUUCAGCGGCUAAGGUUGUGUGCAGAAGUCUUGGUUACUCUGGUUAUGCUGGUUUAGUGGACAAAGGGCAAGCAGGAAUAAAUCAAAGAGAGGUUUUUAUGAACGUUGAUUGUACUGCAAAUGAGGAAACUUUGACCCAGUGCAACAUUGGCACAAUUGGCUUUGAACAAUGCAAUGAUACUAGCCCUGUAGGGAUAAAAUGUUAUGCUAAUGUUGAAAAGUUUAUUAGGCUAGUCAAUGGAACUACAAGAAGCGAAGGGCGUGUAGAAAUAUUUAUUAAUGGGGAAUGGGGAACUAUUUGCGAAAAUUAUUGGAGCGAUACAAAUGCAGAAGUGGUGUGCAAAAGUCUUGGAUACUCAAGAACCUCGACUGCUCACCGCCGUGCCUAUUUCGGACCUGGGACCGGGCGUGUUUGGUUAGACAGAGUUCAAUGCCAGGGCACAGAGCCCUCAAUCUUUGACUGCAGACACACAGGCUACGGAAAAGGAUAUUGUGCACAUAUCAGUGAUGCUGGUGUAACAUGCUCAUAAUUCUUUCAUAACCACAAGUUACUGCUACCGUUUUGACCUUCUGCAAUUUAAUUAUCUGAUAUUGAGGAUGUCUGUAUUUGUGUUUUGUAUUGUAAUAC